AUGGGCCCUGCCGUCCCCGUGGUCUUGCUGCUACUUCUGCUAGGGUCUUGCCCAUAUUCUUUUACCAUAAAGAAAACUUUGCAAUCAGUGUGUGGACGACCUGUACACUCUGGACGCAUUGUGGGUGGCCAACCUGCUGCUUUGGGGCGCUGGCCUUGGCAGGUCAACCUGCAGUUUGACCAGACUCACAUCUGUGGAGGGUCCCUCAUCAGCGAGCGCUGGGUACUGACAGCAGCACACUGCCUAAAAUGGAAACAGUUUGUUUUUUUAUACAGUGUGCGGCUUGGAUCCAUUGAAGUAAACGACUCAAGUAAAGGCAAGGAAUACUAUGUGUCCAAAAUCAUCACCUAUCCCAAAGACCAUGAUGUAGCCAGAGAUAUUGCCCUGCUGAGAUUGUCAUCCAAGGUCACCUUCACGGCUCUCAUUCUACCCAUUUGCUUGCCCAGUGUCUCAGAGCAGCAGCUUCCUCUGCCAGCUUCUUGCUGGGUGACUGGAUGGGGACAGACUCAGGAAGGUCUUUACCCCUCUACCCUCCAAGAAGUUGAAGUACCCCUCAUUAGCAAUGAGGAGUGUAAACAACUGCACAACCCAAUCAGCAUUUUCAUCCCGGAACUGGAGUCCGCCAUCAAGGAGGACGAAUUUUGUGCUGGCGAUAUUCAGACAAAGAAGGACAGCUGCAAGGCUGACUCCGGAGGACCUUUGUCAUGCCACAUUGAUGGUGUCUGGAUCCUGAUGGGUGUAGUAAGCUGGGGUUUGGAAUGUGGCAAAAAUCCUCCUGGGGUCUACGUCAACGUGACCUAUUACCAAAAAUGGAUCAAAGCUAUUAUCUCGAGAGCUCGGGGCUCCGGUGGUGACUGUACUUAUGUGAUUUCUUCUUCCCUGCUGCACUACUUCCUUUGGCUCUCCUGGGAUCCCCCUGAACCUUGA